AUGCUACACGACAAAGUGCUCAAUUUGGCAGAAGGCUUCUCUGCUGAAAGGGCAAGAGCCAGGGACAUGCUUUUCCUAGGGCAAGUAUUUCAAAAGAAAGUGUACAACAAAGGAAGACUUAGCUGGGAAUUUGUUGAGGGAGACAAGGUCGUUAUCAAUCAAAGGAACCUUGGUUUGUUAAAGGACAAAAAAGGAAGAGGUGACAAGCUGCUAGCAAGGUACGAAGGUCCAUUUGAAAUUAUCAAAAAGAUCAGCCCAGUAGCUUACCGUCUCCAUACACCCACAUCAUAUGGGAUGCAUCCAGUUCUGAAUAUAUAG